UGCUGCGACAAUGAUGUAGAGAAUCGAGCGCGGCGCGUAAUCGCGAUGAGCAGGCAGACGUAGGAUGUGAGCUCUCGAAAUAGCUGAUCGUUCCAUCGACAUCAGGAUUCUCUUGGUGAUCGAACUGAACUCGACAAACCGGGCACGAUGCCGAAGCAAGUGCCAGUGGAGAACUUGGUGAUCCCGCCGCAGGAUGGUCGGAUCUGCGGGACCAUUUGCAUCUGUCAGAUGACCGCGGUCCUGUCCUCCGUCGCCCUGGUCUAUCUCACCGUGGCCAUCUACAUGCCGAGCACCAGAGCCUUUCAAUCAGGCAUCAGCGAGGUGCCAGUGAUGUGCACGACGAUACGCGCGGUGAACGCGGACAACUGUGAAUGGGGUAGCUGCGGAGAAUGGUGUCUGUCGAAAACAUCCGGGCCCUGCGUCCAGAUUCACGUGAACCUUCGCAAGAAUGGCUCGACGAUACUGUUAGCGAACUGUACCAACACCACGAACAAGACUUGUUACGGUAUCGACCAGGAGAACGCGAAGAAAUCGAAAUGCAUCGCGGACGAGUGUCGAAAUCUGACCGGUACGUUCAAUUGUUCGUCCGGCGUGUGUAUCAACAUAACCGACGCGUUCGAGUGCAUAUUCCACGACACCGAUCCACCGUUGAAGUGUUCCGGUAGACGCGGCAAGAUAACCUGCAUAGACAUAGACGGUCUGUUCAACUGUAACCGCGGCACUUGCGAGCGAAUCAGAACCCCGUACAACUGCGAUCGUAGGUGCGUGGAUAUCCCGACCAGGAACAAGAACAUGAUCCUAUUGAGCGGUGACAAGGUUUAUCUGAGUCAAUGCGAGAGAGCUAUAGACGUUCAGACGAAUCGAGAGAUCUGGCACGAGGAUCGAGGCGACGUCAUGAUGGCGUCCUGUUACGGGAUAUUCAAUUCCACCCUGGGUGUCGAGGCUGUCGAUUGCAUCAACGGUUCCGUGCUAGAGAAAGACCUCCUCACCGACCUCACCAACUUCACCUAUCUGUCCUAUCUGAACAUAUUCGCGACGAAACCAUUGGACGAGACCAGAAUGGUCGCACCGCCCGAGCAGGACCUCAUUAUAGCCAACGAGAGUCGCCUGCUGAUUAAUCUAGAAGGCUGCGUCAACACCCUUCGCGAGGAAUGCAAGGAAUUUCUUCACGAAUACGGGAAAGAUGGAUCAGAUCAUAACGCACGCGCUAGAUUCCCGUGUUACUACGCCGAGAGUAACACCGGGGUGGUGGUGUCCCGAUUCAACCUGGAGACCACCUAUAAGGAGUUCCUGAUCGCGUUGCUGUUGCCCAGUAUCUUGUUCGUCGUCAGUUGUCUGACGUUGAUCUUUUGUCAGAGGACCGUGGUGGUCGGCGACGAUGCCAAGAUGAGAUUCAAGGGCACGGUUGGCGCACUCGUGUCGAUAGAGAAGAGCGCUUCGGGUAACCUAGGGGAUGGGCGGAGGAAACUCUGCUAUGGCGCUCUGAGAUCCGUCACGCAUUCCCCUCCUGGAGGAGUCCGGCUCGUCAGUCGAUAUUCUCCCUGCGCGGGCAUUAUUAAGGUGUGGGGAGGGGGGGAACGCGUGGUUAAAAUUCUCAUCUUGCAAAAAAAUAAAAACUACAAAAGAAAACAUACAAAUACUUCUGCAAAAAGCGCAAACUAUCUUUGAAAAUCGAGCAAAAAGAAAAAAGAGCGAGAGAGCAAGCGGUCAAGAACAAGUACCAAAGAAAAAAAAGCAACAAGAUUUUUCCUACUUGCACUGCCUGCACAAAAAAAAGAAAAAAGAAAAAAGAGAAGUACACAUUCGAGAGCACACGUGCUUUUUUUCAAAUAUCCGCGUCGCUGCCAACACACACAACCGCGCACAUGCGCGCGGAUGAAUCGCUUCGAGAGGUUCGUAUGACCGGAUAACGCGACACUGCUCUCGCCUGUUUCUCUCCUGCUGACAAGGAGAUUGGAUCCUGAAUUUGGACUCGACCAAUCAUAUUUCGGAUACGACGGCAAACGUUAACUAGGAACAAAAAGAAAAACCAAGGAAAGCAAAAGGAACAACAGACAAUUCGGCGUCUUUUACACGUGACACGACAUUCGUCGGUAGCUUUUAAGUGUCCCCCUUCUGAUUGAUUCGCCGUGACAGUAGAUAAGAACCACUUAUUACAUAUAGCUCUGCGUAUCGAGGCUAAGCAACUCUUAUUGUAAUCACACCGACACUACCAACCACUUUGAUACCCGAAGGACGUGCCUUGCUGGUAAAUGAUCGAUCCGAGACGAUCCCUGCACAGCUGGCAACAAGCCUACAGAGAGAUCUUUGAUAGACUCGCCGCUUAGUGCAUCUUUUGAAAGUAUUUCAACCGUACGCUUGCCAUAUAAAGUUAAUUCAAUUUAAUCAAACAACAAUAAGUUGAACGAUCGAAGCUCAUCGUCGGCCUAUAGCGAGAAACACGAAUCCGAUG